AUGGGGGGGUCCCAUUGUGGAAUGAAGGUGACCGAGGACAGGUGGCCCUUGCCAUUGCCCUGGCUCUAUGACCCCACCAACCUCCAGAACUCCAGCGCCCCAGUCGUGGUGCUCUGCAUGCACUCGGCAUUCCUGGGGGGCUCCGAGCAGACCGCCCUGCUGAGCCGAGUGUGGGCCCAGGGCCUGCCAGGCGAGAGGCUGGUCUUUGUGCCCUAUGACACCAACCGCUCCUACCCGGCCCUCGGCGACUGCGGGCCCCUGCGGGAGGCCUAUGACGCACUGCUCACUGUCAGUCUGGAGUCCAGCCCUGCAGACCAGGCCAUCAAAGCUGCCGGGGCCAAUGGAGAGAGGGCUGCCCGCCUGGAGCCACAGCAGGUGUCCCCGCUCUUUGGAACCAUCUAUGAAGUUAUUGUCCUGCUGGCCCAUGCCUUGAACCACUCUGAGAGCCACAGAGCAGGGCUCUCAGGGGCGCAGUUAGGGGACCACACAGGGGCUGUGAAUGUGGCUGGCUUUAGCCAGAGGAUUCGGAUGGAUGAGAAGGGCAGAAGGCUGGCUCAGUAUAUCAUUUUGGACAGAGAUGGUGGGGGGAGCCAGCUGGUCCCCACCCACAUACUGGACACCGGCACAUGGCAAGUGCAGCUGCUAGGCAGGGCCAUACACUUUCCAGGAGGGGGCCCUCUGGCACGCAACUCCAGCUGCUGGUUUCACCCCAAUACACUAUGCAUGAGAGGCGCGCAGCCCCUGAGUGGCCUCCUGGCUCUGGCCCUGGCCUGCGUCCUGGUGCUGGCCUGCGGGACCCUCACUUGCCUCGUCAGAUUGGGCGUCCAGCAGCUGCAGCAGGUGUGGGGCUCCCACCAGAUCCUGGUGACAGCCCAGGAGCUCAGCCUCAUCCAUGGGCCCCUCAGCAGACGGAUGAGUGGGCGGCUUCACAUGGACAGUGUGAGUGAAUUGAGAAGUGUGGUGGAUGCUGGGAGCCUGAGGUCGGUGGCCCAGGGGUCAGCUAGGAGCCUGCCUGCCCCCCAAGAGCCCUCCAACGUGGCCCUGUACCAGAGUGGGUGUGGAGAGUGGGUGUGGCUGAAGAAGUUUGAAGCUGGCACAGCCCCUGAGCUGCGGCCGAGCUGCUGCCACCUCCUGAGAAAGAUGCGGGAGCUCCGGCAUGAGAAGGUCACUGCCUUCCUGGGCUUCCUCGUGGCCCCUGGGGUCAGUGCUCUGGUGAUGGAGCACUGGGCAUGGGGCAGCCUGGAGGACCUGCUGUGGAGUGAGGCUCUGCAGCUGGGCUGGACCUUCAAGGCCUCCCUGUGGCUGGAUUUGAUCCGUAGCGUGCGGUAUCUGCACCAUCGACAUUUCCCCCAUGGCCACCUCCAGUCCCGAAACUGUGUGGCGGAUGGACACUUCGUGCUGAAGGUCACUGACCACGGUUAUGCGGAGCUCCUGGGCGCUUGGCGGGCUCCCUGCCCCCGGCCAGCCCCAGAAGAGCUGCUGUGGAUGGCUCCGGAGCUGCUGCGGGGGCCCGGGGCGCCUGGGCGGGGCACCCUCAAAGGAGACGUCUUCAUCAUCCUGCAGGAGGUGCUGACUUGAGGCCCGCCCUACUGCUUCUUGGGGCUCUCAGCAGAAGAAAUCAUCAUUAAGGUGGCAUCCCCCCCUCCCCUGUGCUGGUCACUGGUGUCUCCUGACCACGGGCCACCUGAGUGCAUCCAGCUGAUGGAGCAGUGCUGGGAGGAGGCUCCGCAGGACAGACCAAGCCUAGACCAGAUCUACACCCAGUUCAAAAGCAUCAAUCGAGGCAAGAAGACCAGUGUUGCCAACUCUAUGCUGCAGAUGCUGGAGAAGUAUUUCCAGAACCUGGAGGACCUGAUCCAGGAGCAGACUGAGGAACUGGAGCUGGAGAGGCAGAAGACGGAGAGGCUGCUCCGUCAGAUGCUCCCUCCGUCUGUGGCUGAAGCUCUGAGAAUGGGGGCGACUGUGGAGCCGGAGUACUUUGACCAGGUUAUCAUAUACUUCAGCGACAUCUUGGGGUUCACUGUCAUCUCAGCCCCGAGUGAGCCCAUUGAGGUGGUGGGCUUGCUCAACAACGUCUACUUGCUGUUCGAUGCUGUCCUGGGCAGCCAUGACAUGUAUAAGGUGGAGACCAUCGGGGACGCCUACAUGGUGGCAUCGGGGCUGCCCCAGCGCAAUGGGAGCCAGCACGCGGCUGAGAUCGCCACCACGGCCCUGGACAUCCUCAGCUCUGUGGGCAACUUCCGGAUGAGGCACGUGCCCGACGUGCCCAUUCACAUCAGGGCUGGCCUGCACUUGGGGCCCUGCAUGGCGGGGGUCAUGGGGCUUACCAGGCCUUGGUACUGCCUCUUUGGGGACACUGUCAAUACUGCAUCCCGGAUGGAGUCCACAGGGCUGCCAUACAGAAUUCAUGUCAGCAGAAGCACAGUCCAGACACUGCUCAGCCUGGAUGAAGGCUACAAAAUCGACUUCAAAGGCCAGACUGAGAUAAAGGGUAAGGGCAUGGAGGAGACCUACUGGCUGGCGGGGAAGGCGGGCUUCCCCAGACCCCUCCCCACACCCCUGGACAUCAGACCUGGGGACCCCUGGCAGGACCUCAUAAUCUGAGAAAUCAAGGUGGCUUUUGCCAAAGCCCGCCAGUGCCGGGCUGGGCCUUGGGGCUCAGGGCAGCCUUCAGCCAGGCCCUGA